GCUGCGCUCAAGAACCAAGCAAGAUCUUGUCAGACAUCGGCCCUAAAUUCACUUUGACGAUGUCUUCUGCGUUGAUGAAGGCUGGGACGCUGAAGCCCGAGAUCCGGCUGGCCCAAAAGGUUUCGGAAUUCGAAGCCGCCCUGUCCGACGAGCGGAAAGCGACCUUCCGUUCCUACCGAUCCCAAGCGCGGGCAUCCCCGCCGGAUGCUGGCGACAUCAUGCGAUUGACGGCCGAGGUUGAUCGCCGCGCUGCCGGGAGAGGUUACCGUGGCCGAUGUUUCGGCCCUCGCUUCAGUAAUAUCCUCCAGACCACCCAGCAGUUCGCGGCUCUUGGAGAUGUCGUGGUCGGCGGUUCUCAGAACAUUAUUGCAUGCGGUAUCUGGUCGCUCGUGAGGAUGACGCUGCUGGUUGUGGCGAAUUUCCAUUCCUACUUCGAGAAGCUGUCGGAUCUUCUCAUGGCCAUCGGGCGGUCUUCUCCCCGCCACGAGAUGAUGGCGCUGCUCUACCCACAAUCCAAAAGGCUACAGUCAUACCUCUGCGAAUACUUCAUCGUCGUUGUCAACCUCUGCCACCAGCACCUAAAGUUGACAAACAAAUCGGUACUUUGCCAACUUCUAUCGUUCCCCAGCGAUUCGGAGUUGAAGGCCUACCAGUCAGGGACCGAUUUAUGGGCGUCGCAUAUCAAAGACGAGGUAAACGCUCUCAUGGCGAAGGAUCUUGUAGAGCAGGGCUCCACAACCAAAGCUCUGCUCCAGUUCUCCAAAUCGGAGACGCAUCGCAAAAAGUUCAAGGCCUACUCCCGCAUUCUCGAUGCUUGUUCCGCAUAUGACUACCAGAAAUCUUGGAAAGAAAUAAAAAAGGCGGGAUAUACCACCCUCCUCGACCGAACCCAGAAAUAUCAAGACUGGAAAACCCAGACCAGCUCCUGUACGCUUGUGUGUACCGGCAAAUUGGGGUCCGGCAAAUCCGUUUUGUUGGCCAACAUGGUCGGUGAUCUCAGCCUCUAUGUUCAGAACAACCCGCUUCCGGUCGCCUACUUCUUUUGCCGGCACGACAUCCCUGACAGUCUACAGGCACGGACAAUAAUGGGUUGCCUGGCUCGGCAGCUGCUAGGCCCACCUCCUGGUCCUGCCAGGCUUGGGGAUUUGACCGACCCGACAAGUCCGGCGAUGGACCUUGAUGGAGUGACGAGUUUGCUCCUGAAAGUCCUACCUCCAAGAGCCUACAUUGUUGUCGAUGGGCUAGACGAAUGCGACGACGGCCAGGCGCAAAGUAUGUUUGAUGUCUUACGGCAGCUCCAAGACACGUCUUCUCUUCUGGUGUGUGUUUCGUUCAGAGUUGAGCCAGGCACCGCCUCGCGGCUACGCACAAUCACCCUCGCUAGGUCCAGCUUCUGGCAAAUUCCCGACAACAAUCCCGACGUCGGCCAAUUCAUCUCUGCAGAGCUAGAGAGGCGCAGAGCGUCUGGAAAGCUGAAGAUGGGAGAUCCACUCCUGAUCAAAGAGAUCGAGGAUGCUCUGGUGCAGGGUGCCCAUGGCAUGUUCCUCUGGGUUGCUCUCCAGCUCGAGUCUCUGUGCGCCGCCAAGACAGACCAAGCAAUCCGACGAGCCUUGGCCGACCUCCCGAAAGAUCUUCCGAGCACAUUCUCCCGCAUCCUACAGAAAUCGGAAGCGCUUGGGAAGGACUACCAGCAAAAAACGCUCGAGCUUGUAACCGCCGCUCGGCGUCCACUCACCACAGACGAGCUACGGGAAGCCCUCAGUGUGACCCCGGGGAAUACGGAUUGGAACCCGGCUCAGCUUCUCAACGACAUACAUUCGACCCUGGCCUGCUGCGGAGGCCUUGUCAUUGUCGACGAGGAGGACUUCGCCGUGCACUUGGUGCAUCAUAGCGUCAAACAGUUCCUGCUUGGGUCCUCAUCUGGUGUCAUGUUUACCCUCAACAGUGCACUGACAACAAUGGCGUACAUUAUUCUCACCUACCUCAACUACGGCGUCUUCGACACGCAACUGUCCACAUUGGUGGCCCCUCAAGUGAUGGCCGCGACAGCACCACAAAAGAUAAUCCAGUCCAGUUUGGGCACCUCGACCUCAGGCCGUAUUCAGGAGGCCGCAUCGCUUCUUUGGAAACCUCGCAAGCAACCCAAAUACAACAUCGGCCCUCUUCUCUUGCAUGAAAGAAAUCGUUCCAAUCCGCACUACACGCAUCAGUUCAGCUUUCUCCCCUACGCGAAGUUGUACUACUUGCAUCACAUCAAAUGCGCUGCACUGAAUGAACUUGGAUGUCAAAGACUGGUUCUCAAACUCCUAAGGGAGGGGAGGAUCGACAUGCGCGCAGAAGCAGAAGAUGGCUUGGGGCUGCGUCAGUGGGCUUACAACCACGAGUAUACCAUCUUCGCGCAGCUGCUGGACAAACACCUUGGCAAGAUCAACAUCCCCGACAUGAAGGCGCCUAUGGUAAAAGCCAUAGAAGUCGGGGACGAAGGUGGAGUACAAUUGCUGCUGGAUGAAGGUGCCGACACGGAGACCAAAGACCCAAAAGGGAAAACACUGCUGUACCUCGCGGUAUUCCACGGGCGCCAAGGUAUCGUGCGGCUGCUACUUGACAACGGUGCCGAUAUGGAGAUCAAAGACCCAAAAGGGGAAACACUGCUGCACCUCGCGGUAUCCCAAGGGUGCGAAGGUGUCGUGCGGCUGCUACUUGACAACGGUGCCGAUACGAAAACCAAAAACCCAAAAGGGGAAACACUGUUGCACUUUGCGGUAUCCCAGGGGUGCGAAAGUAUCGUGCGGCUGCUACUUGACAACGGUGUCGACGCGGAGGCCAAAGACCCAAACGGGAGAACACCGUUGAAUUUGGCGGUAAUAUUCGAAAAUGCGAACGUGAUAUCAUUACUGCUGGAUAUCGGCGCCAAUAUCGAGGCCAGAGACCCAAGCGGGAGAACACCGUUGCAUUUGGCGACAAUAUUCGAAAAUGCGAGCGUGAUAUCAUUACUGCUGGAUAUCGGCGCCAAUAUCGAGGCCAGAGACUCAAACGGGAGAACACCGUUGCAUUUGGUGGCAGAAUACGGGAACGGCGACGUAUUGACAUUGCUGCUGAUCAAGGGCGCCGACAUAGAGGCCACAGAUGCCAACGGCUGGACGCCGCUACAUACGGCGGCAGAAAAUGGGCAGAUAGAAGUGGUGCGCUUGCUGCUGAACAACGGUGCCAAUAUAGAGGGGGCAGAUAUUGGCGGACGGAGGCCGUUGCAUUUGGCGGCAGGACACUGGAACGAGGACGCAAUGUCAUUGCUGCUGGACAACGGCGCCGACAUAGAGGCCACAAAUGCCAACGGCCGGACGCCGCUACAUACGGCGGCAGAAAAUGGGAACAUAGGAAUGGUACGGUUGCUACUUGGCAACGGCGCUAAUUCCAAGGCCGAAAAUUCCGAGGGGAAAAGGCCAGGAGACCUUGCCAUGGCCAGAGAGCAGAAAGAUAUCGCGCUGCUUUUGGAAUAG